AUGCCUCCGCCCCCGGCGACAGGGCCGACGCGCUCUGCAUGGUUCGAGCAUAUCCUGGCGGCGAAGAACACGAACGUAGAUAUUGUUGCGAUCCCGCCUAUCGGCGCACAUCCUCACAAGUCCUGGACAGCGCAUGGAUCAAACUCGCCGUGGCUCGAAACGGAGUUGCUUAAGCGCAUGCCGCGCGCCCGCGUCCUGCUGUAUAACCACGGGGAGCUGCGUGAGCGCGAUCGGAUCGAUAUCCUUGGCCAACGACUUUUGAACCUGCUGCUUGAUGAGCGCAAGUAUGACAGCAGUCGACGACCGAUAUUCUUCCUGUGUCAUAGUACGGGCGGCCUCGUGGCCAAAGCGUGUCUUGCUAUAGCAUCGCGGGCCGAGCCGAACCAGGCCAUCCUGACCAGCUGCCAUGGCAUCGCGUUCUUCGCAACUCCUCAUCAGGGCUCGACAUAUCUAUCGGCGGAGGAGUACCAGACGAGUAUUCAAUGGUUGCUUCAUCUGGAGCACGAAACCCCGCUCUCCUUGAGAGAGCAGUUCCGGCCUCGACAGGACGGACUGUGGCAUCUUUCGAACCAGUUCAAGGCCCUCUCUGCAGACAUGAAAGUUUGGUCGUUCCUUGAGACAAUUGACUCGACGCUGCAUAUUCUAGACCUAGAGUCGAACAACGUUGUGGAGUUCCAUGCCCCGAUCACUUCUAUCCGAUCUGGAUUACUCGGCAUUGAGCACGAGAACGAAUUCCCCAUGGGCACGGAUCAUGUUGGGACAGCCUGCUUUCAGGGGCAAGAAUCGGCGCUAGAGGCUUUUUUGACUGAACUCAACGACUCGAUUAAUGUAGCCGUCGAGCUUUCCAAGAAUGUGGAUAACCCCUUACAUGUUGAGAAUGAGGUAAUGGUCCAAAUCAACGGGUUCUUUGAAGAUAUCGCACUGGGUGUUAGCGAUGAGAGCCCCCUGAAGAUGUGGUCUACUCUGGUUUCCUUGGAGGACUACUUGGCCCGAGGUCCGUCGGCAUGUCUGCGUGAACGUUUGAAGCGGAUCCAGCCUGGCGGAUUAGAUGACUCCUCCGUGAGCAGUUUCGAUAGCCGAUAUUCUUCUCCGCGGGUAGUUCAAGGACCAGAGGAACCUGCACAUGAAGAUAAAAUCGAACACGAACACGACGAUGAAGAGAAUGAGGAAGAGGGACAUAAUGAAGACCAUGAUGAAGAACAUGGUGAAGAACAUUAUGAAGAAAAACACGCAGGAGAAGAACAUGAUGGUCAUGAAACUACGUCUGAAAGUGAUGACCGACCUUCAAGGCCCCCCAUAAGCCACAGCCCAAGCUACCAGGACUAUAUAGACCCGCCGCUCCAGUCUCCAACCAUUCACAUUACCGAGGCAUCUGUUGAUGGGUUCUUUGACAGACCGGCGAGUGAAAGCCCGCCUCCUCCUAUCCAACGCCGCCGGCGAAAAACGAUUGCUCAAGCACUAGGGCUGGCUCACGUCAACUCCCACACGCGAAAUGUAUCGGACAGCAGUUCCCAUGAAAAUAGCUCCCGGCCUCCAUCAAGCUCUGCAUCCCCAUCGCAACAAGCUGGGUUCCUAACAAUUCCCGCAUCUACCCGGGAUCGUAUAAAUCAGAACGCCGAAGCGCCGGACAUCCCUCGAUCAGUACCACGAUUUGAUCGGCCGGAACCUGGCACGGAGAAACUGCUUUGGAUACAUGUCCCGUAUACACAUACUGGAUGGGUGUCACAGGUAAUCCGACGAGCAUGCCAGGACCGCCAAGAACCAAACUUCUUACGGAAAUUUAUAAACGAUCAAAAUUGGUACUUGAACCUCAACCGUGCUCGACAUAGGGAACCUCAUGCACGGUUCGUACGACCAAAAUGUAUCCACUCGAGACAAAUGGACUUGUCCCAGGGGACCAAAGAAGGGGACUCGGCAGAUCCUCAACUAGCUCUCUACACACCUUACCUCCACUGGGAUACGUACCGCAAUCUGAUCCAACGUCGUAAGGUUGUCGAAGACAGAGUCCACCAAGGACGAUCUCGGCCUGUUCCAUAUCGAAUCGACAAAUCCAGCCUUGAGGCUAAGCUUAUCUGGCAAUACUUGGGUUGUGAGCCACCGAUUCAUUUUAGACGCACGCUUGACCAAUUCGGAUACCCCAAUCUACGCUCGACUAUCGCUCGCGAUGACGACCAAAUGCUCUGGAAGCGCACUCGCAAGCCAGCCCGAAUAGACGAUCAGCUUCGGGAGUACCUCGAAGCCACCAAUGAUGACCCAGAGGACCCAGAGCCGACGGAGUUUAUGGAUGGCAAUGUGUUGAUGGUCGAUCAGCUCUGGCUCUGGAUCGUGGACCAGAAGACCGUUGUCACAUUCUUCCCAAACCAAGAGGCGACUACAUCUGAGGGCAAGUUGUUCGAGCAGACUAAUUUACACAGCAGUAUCUACAAUGAGUUAAAUGGAGACCUGGCGCGUCGAUUUGAGACUGCAGGUGAUCUUGCGGCUCUCAUCAUGCUACACGCCACGACGGUUCUCCUAGAUAAGACUCUUCAUCGUGACCUAGAAGUCCUACGAAUCUUUGAAGAGUCCAUAAGUAUCCUGACUGAAUCGGUGACAAAAUCUUUCAAGCGCUUCCGCAACCGAGGCUUUUUCAAUGGUGCAGCCGACUACGACCGCACUGCCGAUGGCAGGGAUAUGACCGCUACGCAGCGUGACACGAGAGACCGCCAGACAGCCCGUCGGAACCGUGACGACCUUUCUGUACUUCUCGAGCUGCGCGACAUCGAAGACGAGCUUUCCACAAUCAUGAAGCUGCUUGAUCAGCAGGACACCGUCAUCAAGAGUAUGAUGAAAUACUUCGACCGAAACGGAUGUGGCAAAGUCUUCCUAGAUGCGGCGCAGUUGAGAAUCGAUGAAUACCGGACGCAGAUCGGCGAGAUGAAGGAGAAUAGCCAUCUUGCUCAGAAGGCGGUUGAGACCCUUCUUGAUCUCAAGCAGAAGCAGGCCAAUGUCGACGAGUCGAAGAUGGCCCGGUGGCAGGCUGAGGAAACGCAGAAUCAGUCGCGGUCGUUGAUGGUAUUUACCAUUUUCACGGUCAUCUUCCUUCCUCUGUCCUUCUUCACCUCCCUCUUCGGAAUUAACGCCCGUGAAUGGAGCGGCGUGCCCGAGAACCUUUCCUUGUCCGCCAUGUUCGAGAUCGGCGCACCUGCCUCCUUCGCAAUAAUUACCAUUGCCUUGCUCAUGGCGUUCAGCCAGAAACUCCGCCAAGCAGUCACCAAAUCCUUCAAGAUCGGCCGUGGAUUCCUAGCAGAGUUCGUCUCCCAUCCCAUCAAAAUAAUCUUCCACUGGGAAUCCUUUAAACGCAAGGUUCCUUCCGUGAUCCCUGCCGAAGACUCCGCGAUGCGCAAGCGAUUCAAUCAGUAUCUUGGGUACAGCAAUCCUCGCACACAGUUCGAGGAGGACUUUUGGCAGCGUCGGCAGGUGGAGCGGAGCCCCCUGGAGGAGCUGGAGAGAAGGAGGAGGAAGCGUGUUAAAUCGAUGUCGAAGGCGAAUGGAUGGGGGGAGUCGUUGGCGGAGAAGGUGCGGAGGGUCAGCGAAGGGGGGCUCAAUGUUUGA